CGUUCGUGCCGAAAAACAAGAUGGCUGCCCACUGUUCACCGGCGGCAUUUGUAUUUACGUUCGCCGCUUUAAGACCUAAAGUGGAUAAACAGGACUGUCUAAACAGUGUCGAGUAGAUAAACAAUUACCUAGUUUAUUCCUAUAUCGAAACGCUUGGUCCGUUUUUUACUUGACGUCGCUCGUUAAGGAUAGACGGACUUUUUCUGUUUCCUUUUACCUGUGCUGUCGAGCCAGGUGAGCCGAACUUGUUAGUUAGCUUUUUUGGACGCAUUUACCAGCCCCGGCCGGUCGCUAUGUUCAUCCCCGUCAAGUCGUCUUAUUUUCGCGUCAGUCCGGCAAUUGUCAACCGAGAACUGGGCAAGACCAAGAUGAGAUAGCGGGACGCAGCUGGCGCGUUUACCAAGCAACACAAAAGCCAACGAAACGUCAUGUUUGGGAAUCUAUUUGAGGAGGAUGGCGAUGAGGCUGAAGGAGCCUUCUCCUCGGGGGGGACGAGAGUUGCCAAAGCGGGAGACGAGCCCCCAGCUCCCCGAGGAAGAAGCAAACUGUGCGGCAUUCGGAACCAGGGAGGGACGUGCUACCUCAACUCCCUGCUCCAGACCCUCCUCUUCACCCCUGAGUUCAGAGAGGAGCUCUUUGCAUUGGGGACUGAUGAGUUAGGAAGCCUUGAAGAUAAAGACAAACCUGGGGCCAAAGUCCGUGUCAUCCCUCUGGAGCUUCAGAGACUUUUUGCCCGUCUUUUGCUUGUGGACCAACAGAGCGCCUCCACGGCUGACCUCACUGACAGCUUCGGCUGGAACAGCAAUGAGAGAACAAACCAACACGACGUGCAAGAACUGAACCGGAUUCUGUUCAGCGCUCUGGAGAAAUCCCUUGUGGGCACCUCCGGCAGCACGCUCAUCCACCGCCUGUACCACGGCAUCAUCGUCAACAGCAUCGCUUGCAAGGAGUGCGGCAACGUUAGCCAACGUCAGGAGGACUUCCUGGAUCUGACGACGUGCGUCUGCGGCAUGUCCAGUCUUGAGGAGGCUUUGUGGAGCAUGUUUGUGGAGGAGGAGUUGUUCCAAGGCAAUAAUCUGUACAGAUGUGCAAUGUGUGACAAAUUGGUCACUGCUGCUAAGUCUGCCAAGUUGAAGAAGCUCCCCCCGUUCAUGACCAUGUCCUUGCUGAGGUUCAGCUUUGACUGUAAUAAGUGCGAGCGCUACAAAGAGACGGGCCGCUACAGCUUCCCACUCACCAUCAACCUACGGCCAUUUUCUCAACAGACGGACGGAGAUGAUGCCGACUACUCCUACGAGCUGUUCUCCGUCAUUAUCCACAAGGGCGGCUGCCAUGGCGGCCAUUAUCACGUUUACAUUAAGGACAUCGAGUGCCUAGGUGUCUGGGAGCCGGCGGAGGAUGACACCGACAAAAAAAAGGCUCCUCCGAAGGCCAAGCAGCGAGUGAAGGACCUGCCUGAGAGCAAACUCAAUGAAAAUGACCCUCUGAGUGUCCUCACUGCUAUUAUUGAGCAGGAGCCAUCAAAGAGCAUCCGGUUAGACCAAUUGGGUCAGAAACUCAUGGAGAAGCUCGGUUCCUCCUGGGGCAAAGCCUUUAAGAAAGACUAUGGCCCCAUUGCCAAGUUCCUGCAGUCACACAGUGAGGUUUUCAUGUUGGUAUCCAACGGUGCCCAAGUAGCACUGACGACAGAAAGCCCCAUGAGCGAGCCCCCUGGUCCUGCCCACCCCCCCGCUGCUGCAGGCCCACAAGGUGACACCGUUGCCGAACUGGAGCGCCAACAAGAGGCAAGCCACUGGUUUGACCUGAACGACUCCGCCGUGACCUCUAUCCGGGAGUCGGACAUUGAAAAGCAGUUCCAGGGCAAAGAGAGCGCCUACAUGCUGUUCUACAGGAAGAGUCAGCUGCAGCGGCCCACAGAAGCACUGAGCAGCCCUCACUAUAAAGUUCCUCAUCAUCUCAUCCAGAUGGCACAGGAAGAGAACGUCAAGCUACAGCAGAUGCGGGAGGAAUACGAGGCCAGCAAUAACCACGUGGAGCUGCGUGUCCACCUAGCCUCUUCUUAUAGGCUGAUCAACGGAGCCCUGCAGCCAAUCAACAGCGAGCCCAAUCCCGGCACUGCACUUCUUUUCGACCGCAGAAAGACUGUGGGAGAGUUCCGAUUGGCUAUCUAUGAGCAACAAGAACAAUGGGAGGGUGACAUGGUUGUGACCUUGGCCAAGAUGCUUCCAGCGGGUCUUCACCUGUACAAGACCCUCACAGAUGACAGCGUGUCACUGUGCAGUGCAGGCAUCGAUACAAACCCUGACUUGUUUGUAUGGAAUGGACUCGAGGUAUGUGGCGCAAGUGUCCUAACCGGAGUCGAAUGGGAGCCGGUGCUGCUCACCGUCGUCCGACCCUCCGUCGAGGCGAGAGAUGAGCCGGAGGGGCCGGCGAUCGACGAGACGGGCGACAAUACGAACGGCGGCGAGGGUCUCAAAAAAGAGGCGAGGGCGUUCGCCGGCGGCGCCACCCUCAGUGAAGUGCGGGAAGCUCUGGGCGAGCCCGCCGGCAGUCUGCUGUGUCAGGAGCAGACGGACGCCAAAGGAGGACAGCGUGCGGGCGGAGGCUCCAGCGGGUGGCGGAUGUUUUCGCCCGACGACAUGGUCCGGACCCUCAAGGAGCUGUCGCUUAAAGACGGCGACGCCAUGUUGGUGCUGGAGCCGCAGUCUUUUGAUAAUGGCAUUUUCACCGUCAACGGAGACGUGAUCACCGUGAUGACGCCGUCCGAUUGUCGCUGGCUCCAAGUGGACUUUCAAGCGCAGGGUGGCGGCGACGCAGACGAGAGGCGUAGAGUCAAGGUUCCCGCCGCGGGCGAUACGCUGCUGUGUGAGGUCAAGCAGAGAGCCAUAAAGGAGCUGCAACUCCCAGGUGCAGACUACUGCUUGCGACAGAUGGACAGCAGUGGGAAACUCCUUCCUCCAGUAAGCGAGGACCUGUGCGUGCGCGACGCCGGCGUGCGGCUCAUGACCACCAUGAUGCUUUGCGUGGGACGUGCCCCCAAGGCUUCGCAGCUUUUCCUGCACUUUUCUGUCGGUUCAGCGCCACCUACUGGAAUACUGGAGAUGGACAUAAACAUAGAGAAGACCUGCACUGUUAAAGAGUGUCUACAGAUAGCGCUUAAUGCUUUUGGAAUCGAUGGAACCUGUUGGCACUUGAGAAGGCUCGACUGGUGUGAGGAGUUGGGAGAGCCGCUGAACGACGAGGAUGCAUCUCUGUCAGAGUUGAAGAUAAACAACGGAGAAACACUCGUCAUCUCAGAAGGACGACUUCCUCCAAAAGGCUUUCUUGAGCUGUCCGUCUGGCUGUAUCGGGGACCUGUUUCCAUAGCAACAGAUAUGAACCACACCGACAACGGCCCAGCUGAGAAGGAUCACGCCGCAGAUCAAACUGAUUCUCACCCGUCCGAUCUUACGAGUGUCGGCCAGGUGGAGAUAUCAGUCGAAGGCAGUCUGGAGGACCUCAAGACUCAGGUGUUGACGCUUCCAGCUUUACAGAACACGUGUGCGCCCGCAAACUUUUUGCGGGCGUGGGAGAUGGAGGGACGCAGCCUGGCUCGCAUCCUCAGAGGAAACCAAAUCACACUCAGGAAGCUCAAGAUAACCAGCGGCUCAAAUAUUUGCGUGCAACAGCUGUUAAAAGCGGAAGAUCUCGGCCCCAAGGAAAUUGUGCUGAAUGUCAAGAUGGGAGUACCAGGGAAGCGCUGCUACUAUCCGGCAGAGGAGCUGAUCUGGGACGCUUCGAGGGACCCAUCGCCCGCCGGCUUGCGUACCUUUGUGGCUGAGAGCUACGGCUUGCCCGCUGCUUCUCUUCGGUUGGCCAAGCAGCAGCCGCACAAACAAACCUGGGAAGAAAUCUGCAGCUGGAGCAGCCAACUUUCCAAGAAGAAAAAGAAGAAGAAGACAGAUUCACUAUUAGGAGCACCGUUUCAUCUAAAGGAUGGCGACGUGAUAGGUGUCAGGAACCUUUUGAUCGACAGCAAGGACUUUGACAUUUGGGAAGACGAACAAGAGCAAACAGAGCAACAACACAAAGGAGAUCGGGCUGGAAGCUCAAACUGCGCUGGAUCACAAACAAAGGCGCCCAAAAGGCCCGAGGUGGCGCUAUCCAUCAAUGUCGGCGUCUUCAGCAGCAACUGCCACUAGCGCACAGCCGAUGGCGCCCUGUUGCAUAACAGAGACAAUCCUCGAAGAAGAACUGGACAGCUUCUUGAAAGUUUAUUGACCAGCCACUCAAGUACCAACAAUACUGUAGAUUGUACAUAAUGUGGUUGGAACUUUUUUUGUUUAAUUCAGGAUAAUGAUGUAACGCUUCAAAAGGGAACGAGAGGGAGAAGAGGCCUUUACUGUACAUUGACGAGCAUCGGUGCCGUUGACCCUCCCUACCUCACUCUUGCAGUCUACCUCCGCUGACCUCCCCCCCCCCGUGUUUUUUAAGCGCAUCAAACUGCCAACCAAUCCUGAAAUGUUAAAGGUCCCAUGCAACUAUUUUUUAUUUAGGUUUUUAAAUCUCUUAUAAGUUCAUUUAUGUCAGAUUUGCAAGAUAAUUAUAAAUAUGUGAAUGAGCUUUUCUCUGAUUGGUUUGGUUAGUUACAAAUAUGUGGCCGUCUUGUGGCUUCAGUCUCGGUCAUGUCCCAGACUUGCCUUGACCUAAGUUGGACAUGAAAUGAUGCAAGAAUUUGACCUUUCAUCAUUAUUUAUUUUGGGGGUUUCAAGUAUUGAAAAAAAAAAAAAAAAUCUUCAUUGGCUAAACGGUUUAAAGAAAUUUUUGAAAGCAUUUUGCAGGGGCACCAAUGUUUUUUUUUUUUUAAUAAUAACUUGUGAUGGUCUACAAAAGUAAAUAUUUAUCUUGGAAAAUUAAAUGUUCUUGCAUGGGCUGUGAGAAUUUGUAAUUCAUCAAUAUGACAUUUUUGAAUGAGAAAAAGAUCUUUUUGUUUUGUUGCUGUAAUAAUCUCACUGUAAGCAGUGCCAACAAUUAUGGCUGAUGAUAAAUGAUCAGUACAUAUUUUAGAGUAUUUUCCUCAAUAGGUUUUACUGUAAAAUGUAUUAUCCAAAUAAAAGUAUCCAGAAUAAACGUAUUCAAUUUUG